AAGCGGUGCGUGAAAAUUGAACGUUUGCGUGUGAAAUAGUAUGUUUGCUGUGUAAAACUGUGCAAAAAUGUCUGCAGAACUUCGAAUUGUAAAGCUUUUUGAGGAAGUAUUGGAGGAUAAAAACAUUGUCCCAAGCUUCGAUGAGGAGGAACAGCGUAAAAAGACCGAGGAGGGUUACAAGAAAAUCGGUACCCUGUUCGGUGCGAUGACACCGGAAGUGAAGGAAGCAUCGAUCCGUAGCUACCUUGGCUACGUGGCCACCGUAAACCACCAGAACCGGGUGCACAACUAUCUGCAGGUGAUGAACCGCAUGGUGGCAUUGAACAUCAUCCCCGCCAAACUGUUGUGCGAUCAGCUGAUGUGCUCGGAAAAGCUGGUGUACAAAAAUCCAUGCUUCUGGAUCGAAGCAUUCCGACUGAUCCGGAAAGUGAUCGGUGGGGUCGACUACAAAGGGGUGCGGGAAAUCAUGAAGUGCUGCAAAGAGAAGGCACUUUCGUUUCCGGCCAACGUGAGCGUUAACAUACUGCCGCAGCUGCUCGAGUUAAUCGAACUGAUCGAACAUAUCUUCAACCGAAACGCAUGCUUACUGCCGGCGUACUUUAUCAUAAAUGAGAUCAAGAAAACCGACUACCAAAACAUGCACUGGCGUGUAUCGAAUCUGACGGCAAAUUUUAUCGAAGAGUUUGUAUCGGUCGCACAGAUGCUGUCGAUUAUUGGCCACUCGUCAAUGCUUCCGAUUGUGGAACAUUCGUCGUACGCGGAUAAUCUUAUCAUACCGUGGAAGCUGGAUCCGGACACGCUGAAGCUUUCGCUCCGCGGCAAUCUACCGUACGAUGAGGAACUGCUGCAACCCCAGGCCCGUCUGCUGCGGUUCGUACUGCAGCAGCCCUAUUCACGCGAUAUGGUCUGCUCGAUGCUAAACUUCCAAAAGCAGCAGAAACAAAAGUGUGCCGCACUGGAGGAGCAGCUCGUUUGGUUGGUGCUGAACGCGAUGGAAUACUCGGAAAAGGAGGGAGCGACGGGUCCGAAUGUGGCCAACAGCGAGCACGAUAACGAUCAAAGCCACACGCAGUGGGUUUGGCUGCACCUUAGCUCGCAGCUGAUCUACUUCGUGCUGUUUCAGUUCGCGACGUUUCAGAACAUUGUGAACGCGCUGCACGAAAAGCUGGCGGUGCGUAAUUUACGCCGCGGUCGGGACCAUUUAAUGUGGGUAUUUUUGCAGUACAUUUCGGGUAGCAUCCAGAAGCACUCCAUACUGAACUUUUUGCCGAUACUGAAGCUGUACGAUAUACUGUACCCGGAGAAGGAACCGUUACCGGUACCGGAUAAUAAUAAUCCCAACUGUACGCAUCAGAUGGCACCGACCUGCAUCUGGAUCCAUCUGAUGAAGCGUGCCCAGACGGAGAAUUACAAUAUUAAUCGACCGGUACCGAUUGCGCUACGGUUACACUUUGAGUAUUUGCAACAUCUCGCCAUGCCGAGCAACAAUCCGACACUAUUUAUGGGAUCGGAGUAUCGGUUUGCGUUGCUAUGCAACGCAUACUCCACCCAGACGGACUAUUUUUCGCGCCCGAUGCAAGCGUUGAUCGAUACGAUAUUGGGCAACAGUAAGAACCCGCAGGCUAGUAUGGUUGGUGGUGGCGUACAGUCUCUUCCGACGGCUCCACUCUCAAUGCGCGUGCUGGACAGUUUAACCAUACAUAGCAAGAUGUCGUUGAUACACAGUAUUGUUAUGCACAUGAUCAAACAAGCACAGAACAAAAGCUCGAUCCCGAACGGGAACAACAUGGCACCGGCCCUCGUGGAAACGUACUCACGGCUGCUGGUGUACACCGAGAUCGAGUCGCUUGGCAUAAAAGGAUUCUUGGGACAGUUACUGCCGCAGGUAUUUAAAUCACAAGCCUGGGGCAUACUUUACACACUGCUGGAGAUGUUCUCCUAUCGGAUGCAUCACAUCCAUUCGCAUUAUCGGGUGCAGCUGUUGACGCAUCUACAUUCAUUGGCCUCAGUGCCGCACACGAAUCAAAUGCAGCUUCACUCCUGCGUUGAAUCGACCGCCCUCCGUCUCAUCAUUGGGCUCGGUUCGGUAGAAGUACAGGCCCAACUCUCCCGCUAUCUAAGCGAACCGAAACCACCGGGCAACAUUGUAUCAGCCGAAAGUGAGGAACUUAACCGUGCGCUCGUACUAACGCUGGCCCGCUCGAUGCACAUCACCGGCACCGGAAACGAUCCACAGUCGAGCGCUUGGUGUAAGGAUUUGCUGCAGAACAUAAUGCUCAAUACGCCCCAUGCCUGGCCCCAGCAUACUCUUUACUGCUUCCCGCCCGUGCUGAACGAAUUCUUCAUGCAGCACAACAUACCGAAGGAAAGCAAGCAGCUGCUGAAGAAAACGGUCGACGAAGAGUACCGCAACUGGGCGUCGAUGACGAACGAAAAUGACAUUAUCGCUCAUUUCGGCAUGACCGUUAAUCCACCGCUCUUUCUCUGUCUGGUGUUUAAGAUGAUUAUCGAAACGGACGUUAUCAGUCCGGUAGCGUACAAAAUUCUGGAACGCAUCGGUGCUCGCGCACUGUCCACCCAUCUACGGAAAAUGUGUGAUUACUUGCUGUUCGAGGUGGCCAACUCGGGUGGUGGAGCGCACGUGAACAAAUGUGUCGACACGAUCAACGAUAUGAUCUGGAAGUACAAUAUCGUAACGAUCGAUCGGCUUGUGCUGUGCUUGAUAUUGCGCACCCUUGACGGCAAUGAAGCGCAGGUGAGCUUCUACAUCAUUCAGCUGCUGUUGCUGAAAACGUCCGAGUUUCGCAAUCGGGUGCAGGAAUUCAUUACGAUCAACUCACCAGAACACUGGAAGCAAAACAAUUGGCACGAACGGCAUCUAGCGUUUCAUCAAAAGUUCCCGGAAAAGUUUGCCCCGGAUGAAUCCGUGUCGCAUCCAACGCUGCCAGUGUACUUUGGGAAUGUUUGUCUCCGGUUUCUCCCCGUACUGGACAUUAUCGUGCAUCGGUUUCUGGAGGUACCGACACAGCUGAGCAAAACGCUCGACGUGAUACUGGACCAUUUGGGAUCGUUGUACAAAUUUCACGAUCGUCCUAUCACGUAUCUUUACAACACGCUGCAUUAUUACGAGCGGAAGCUACGGGAUCGACCACAGUUGAAAAAACGUUUGGUCGGCACAGUGGUGGGAUCGCUAAAAGAUGUACGACCAGAAAAUUGGGCCCUUACCGAAGCGUACCAGGCGUACGUGAUGACUAAAGAGACGGACAACGUAAACUGGGUGCCGGAGUUGACCUAUUACAUCAAUCUUGUGCGACGCAUGCAAGACACUAUGGAUGGGAAGAAUGUAUUUUCAGGCACGGAUUGGCGAUUUAAUGAGUUCCCAAAUCCUCCGGCCCAUGCACUGUACGUGACGUGUGUGGAACUGCUUGGUUUGCCGGUUGGACCUACUGUGGUCGCGAACAGCAUUAUCGACGUGUUGGUGAAAGGCUAUACCGUCGUACCGAAUGCCGUCAUACAUAAUUGGGCCAACACGAUCGGGUUGCUAAUGGCAGCCCUACCGGAAGCUUACUGGAGCGUCAUUUACGAGCGGUUGCAGGGUGCUCUGAAUUCAAAGUCGAUGAAAGAAUGGGUCUACCGGCAGAGUCCGUUCGAGAUGUUUAACUUUAAGAUUGUGAAGGAAUCGAUGCUUGAUCGGAGCUACGUUACGGUGCUAGCGAUUGUGCAUAGCAUUUUCCAUCAUUUCGGUAUCGGGCAGCUAGCUACUAUUACUGAGACAAUUAAAGAAAAACUUAAACCACUGGUCCAUACAGAGUAUCAGCUGAUCUACGUCUGUCACGUGGUUGGUCCGUUUCUGCAUCGACUAAGCAUCGAGCGUGCGCGUGCCGUCUCGGACAUUACGCUCAUGCUGUACGAGCUGUUGGAACAGGUGGACAAGGCACAGCCAGCGCAACCGUUACGCUAUAUGGAUCCGAUCUGCGAUUUGCUAUACCACAUCAAGUACAUGUUCGUCGGCGAUACGAUGAAAACGGAACUGGAAGCUAUCAUUCGCCGUUUGCGACCAGCGCUUCAGAUGCGAUUACGCUUCAUAACGCGCCUGAACGUCGAGGAAAUCGGUGUCGAUCAGACGGCGGCAGGUGUGCAAGGUGUUGCCGGUGUUGCAACGGGUACAACCGUACCACCAGGACCAGCUUCCGGUACGGGUCCCGGAACAGCGCAAGGUUCCGUAGUUGCCCCGGGACAGGGAGUUGCAGGACCAGGCACAGGUGUGCCACAGCAAACACAGCAGAUAAGCGGUGUUGGAAAUCCUAAUGUUGCGUUACAGCAGCAACUGCAACAGCAGAUGGGUCAACAGGGCAUGCAAACGCAUCACUAA